AUGAUACGGUGGGCCAGUGACGCUACUAUAUGUCAUUAUAUUUCAUUGAUUUUCAGUGGUAUUUCAUUCUUCUCAUCUUUCAUUGCAUUAUUUCCUCAAAUAUUACAAACAUAUAAUGAUAAAUCAGUUGAAGGGUUAUCAUUCUUAUUUCUGAGCUCGUGGGUGUUAGGUGACACCGUGACUUUGAUCGGUGCUAUAUUGACUGAUCAAUUAACUUUUCAAGUCAUAUUGGCUAUGUACCACUUAUCUAAUGACUUAUUAGUAUGCGGUCAGUAUUAUUACUAUGGUAUAUUAUAUAAGAAUCAAUAUAGUGGCCUUCAUAAAAACAAUCGGUAUAAGUUCAAUAAUAAUAAGAGCUCAAGCAAUUUUAAUAUAUUCACUGCCGUGGUUGGCUUUUUCAGCCAGAUAACAAGAGCUAGAGCAAGUUCAGGAACGUCAACCCCCGUUGGAAACAAUGAUAAGAUUGGUUACAUUCUCUCUUGGUUAGGAGCAACUUUCUACGUUUUCUCUAGAUUACCACAAUUAAUCAAGAACCAUAAAAGGAAGUCCACUGACGGUAUUUCCCCAUUUUUGUUUUGGAUGAUCGCAAUUAGUAACGUUGCAUAUAAUAUCAGUAUUCUAACCAGUGUAGAAUUUGUCAUGAAUGACAACAAAGCAGACUUCAUACUCAACGAAUUACCGUUCAUCAUUGGUAAUAGUGGUACAGUGAUAUUUGACAUGGUAUAUUUUUAUCAACAUUACUAUUUAUAUAGAGGCAAUCGUAACAAAGCAGUGGAUAUCACCGAAGACCAUGAGAUGAACGUCGAAGCUGGACCUGUUUUCGAACUUAAAGAAGAAACAAGUGCUUUACAAAAAGUUAAAAGCAAAUCAAGAGACCCUAUUCCAGUUAUCUUGCAAGGCAGAGACAUUGAACUGACUACAUUGAACAGCAAUGAUAUGAAGAUAAAAAAUAAGAUAGAAAAAGAAGAGCAAGAAAUCAAUAGGUACAAGAGCAACACCAAUGAUGACAACACCACAGAAUAA